GCGGAGGGCCCUGAGGGGGCGGCUGCGGGAGUCCCCGGCCCGGCCGGGGCUGCCCCGGCCCUGCCCCGAUCCCCGCCCCGGGUUCCCCCGCCCCGGCUUUCUCGGCGGGAAGACGGCGUCCUGCCAGCCGUUCCUCCUCCUCCGGCUGCUGCGGAAGUGCCCGGCUGGGAAGUUUGCGGCCGGCGGCGGAGGGAGGCCGGGGGGGCUCUGUGGAGGUACGAUGCCGCCCAAAGGUCCCGGCAAAGGCAAGCUGCCAGUCCCGCUCCCUAAAGACAUGAUCCUGAAAGACACCGAAGGAAAAACCUGGAGGCUGGGCAAUCAGAUCGGCCAGGGAGGAUUUGGCCUGAUCUAUUUAGCAUCCCCUCAGACUCAGGUUCCUGUUGAAGAUGAUGCAGUGCAUGUCAUUAAAGUGGAGUAUCUUGAAAAUGGCCCCUUGUUUUCUGAGCUGAAGUUUUACCAGAGGGCUGCAAAACAAGAGCAUAUAAGAAAAUGGAUGAAUCUCAAAAAAAUAAGAUGUUUAGGAAUUCCAGUGUUUUGGGGAUCAGGCCUGGCUGAGUACAAGGGAAAAAGCUACAGGUUCAUGGUCAUGGAGAGACUGGGGCAAGACCUUCAAAGAAUCUUUGAAGACUGUGGAAGCAGGUUUAAGAAGGAAAUUGUUCUGCAACUUGGGGCACGGAUGUUGGAUACUUUGGAGUACAUACAUGAAAAUGAGUAUGUCCAUGGAGACAUUAAAGCAGCAAAUCUUCUUCUGGGCUACAGCAAUCCACAUGAGGUUUAUCUUGCAGAUUAUGGACUUUGCUACAGAUAUUGUCCCAAUGGGAACCACAAACAGUAUCAGGAAAAUCCUAGGAAGGGCCAUAAUGGGACAAUAGAGUUUACCAGCAUAGAUGCCCACAAGGGAGUAGAUGUGAAAGAAGAGUUAAACUUCUGCCACAUGUUGUCCUUACUGCAAGCCUGGAACCUUUUGCUUCCAACCAGCAGUGGGAAGUUCACCCAGGACUUUGCUGAACAGCGAGUGCAUUUUGGGCUGUGCAGAGCUCGGCCGGCGCUGCUGGAGCUGGGAGCAGGCUCUGCCCCAUCCAGACGAGGUGACCUUGAAAUCCUUGGCUACUGCAUGCUGCACUGGCUGUGUGGGAAGCUGCCCUGGGAGCAGAACCUCAAGGACCCUGUGGCUGUCCAGAGUGCGAAAACAAAACUUAUGGAUGAGCUCCCAGAUUCAGUGCUGAGGUGGGAUUCUCCUGGAAGCAGCUGCAGUGAAAUAGCCAAGUUUCUAGCCUCUGUUUCUGGCCUAGCUUAUGCUGAGAAGCCCAAGUAUCAGGUGCUGAAGAAAAUCCUGCUGGAUGGCCUGGAGUCAAGCGGGAUGCGCUACGACGGCCCCCUGGAAUUUUCCACAGCAGCGGGUGCACGGAAUCACCUCGCUGCUAAGGUGUCCAGGGGUCGCCUCCCAAAGCCUCCAGCAAAACCAGCUCAGCAGAAGGGAAAAAAGCCACAAGGUGAAGAACCUGCCUAUCAAAACAAAGCGUGUGUGGGGGUGACAGGCACACAGCUCCUGGAAGAAGGAAAGCCAAGUACACGGAACAGGAGGCGUCCCCAGGCAGAGCUGCAGCAGCAAACAGAGAUACUGUCUGUACCUCAGUGGGCUCCCUUGCCCAGGCCUUCCCUAAAUCCAGUGCAGCAGAAGGAAGACAUGGGGCACAAGGACCACGGCAGCUGCCUGAGCAGGCCCCAGACCCGGGGAACACGCCAGCAGUUCCACGUGGAAGAGAAGCCAUUUAAAUUUUACACUACAUCUCAGGAACCUGAGCACCCAAAAAAGGAAGACACUGCAAGAGAGCUGCCACCAUUUGACCCCUACAGAAUACUCUCAGAAUCCCGAAAGAAACACAAUCACCUUGUAACUCCAGUUCCUGCAGCUGCAUCCCACGCUGGUGCUGACACCACUCGUCCCUCUCUCUCUGCUGUGUUGAGGUUGGCCUUUGCUGAUCAAACCUAUCCCUACACUGCAGCUGUUCUGGUGCUUCUGCUGCUCAUUGUCCUCUCCUUGUAUCUGCUGUGAUGUUGCUGUUCCUGUGUCUUCAGUGGGAGUGCAGUGGUGCUCCCACCACGCAGCUUUUUCCUAGAGUUUCUUCGUUGAAGAUUUCAGUGUCAGGGGCUUGAAAAAGAAGUUUUUAAAUAAUCCUGUCAGUACAUGCCUGUACAGGCAAAAGUUCUCAUCUGCACUCAGUAGUUAUGGAUUCUCUGAACUACUUGUGCUGGCUUCUGUUAUAAAUGUUGACAUUCUUUUUGUUGUUUGUAACUGAACCUUUUGUUACGACAUUAAAAAAGUAUCAUUAAAUACAA